GAUCCCCACCCUCCUCUGGUUCUCCCAGGUGAAGCUGCCCCCGCAGAAGGAGGUGAUCACAGCCGAGGAGCUGAUGGCACAUCUGGGGAAUUGCAUCCUGGCCACCCAACCCCGCGACACCUCGGAGGGGCUGCAGCUGAAUUUCCAGCAGCCCCCCCGUGUUCCUCCCGCCCACCAGAACAUCAGUGACACCAUGACGGUCCUGCCGAAGCUCGCGACGGGGCUGGACGUCAACGUCAGGUUCACGGGGGUCUCAGACUUCGAGUACACCCCCGAGUGCAUCGUCUUCGACCUCCUCAACAUCCCGCUGUACCACGGCUGGCUGGUGGACCCCCAGAGCCCGGAGCAGGUCCAGGCCGUGGGCAAGCUCAGCUACAACCAGCUGGUGGAGAAGAUCAUCACCUGCAAACAGUCCAGCGACUCCAGCCUGGUGAGCGAAGGGCUGGUGGCCGAGCAGUUCCUGGAGUCCACGGCGUCGCAGCUGACGUUCCACGGGCUGUGCGAGCUCACGGCCCGGGCCCGCGAGGGCGAGCUCGGCGUCUUCUUCCGCAACAACCACUUCAGCACCAUGAUCAAGCACAAGGGUCACCUUUACCUGCUGGUGACGGACCAGGGCUUCCUGCAGGAGGAGGGGGUGGUGUGGGAGAGCCUGCACAGCGUGGAUGGGGACAGCUGCUUCUGUGACACCGAGUUCCACCUCAGCCAUGCCCCGGGCAAGGACGGGGCCACCGCGGGCCCCCCGGAGCACCGGCUGCAGCAGAGACAAGUGGACCAGGAUUUCAUGGUGGCCCUGUCCCUGCAGCAGGACCCUGCCUCGGUGCUCAGCGACCUAGAGCUGGCGCGGCAGCUGCAGCAAGAGGAGUACCAGCAGCACCAUCCUCAUCCUCACCCCACUCCUCCUCAGCCGGCGCAGGCGAGCGGGCGUGCGGCUGGAGAGCGGCGGCAGCGGCCGAGGCCGGAUUUGGACUGUGCCCUGCUGUAGCACCUGGUGUCCGGGGUCCCCACACCCGCAGCCCCCCGAGCGCCCACCCUGCAUCCUCCAGGGAGCUCUGUGGGGUCCCUGCGGGCCGGAGUGGACACAACGAUGAGGGGUGACCGUCUGAGGCCACCCCAGGACCACCCUAAACUUCCCAGUGGCCUUAACACAGGGGGUCCCGCUCAGGGUGAGCCCCCUCAGGGGGUCCCACACCUCAUUCCGUGCUCUGGGACAUGGGUGGGUGUGGGGCUGGGGGCACAUGUGCACCCCCCUGGUCAAAAUGUGGCCUUAGCCCUUGGCAAGUAAAGGACUUGUCCCCCGCUACA